AUUGCACGUGGGGUAAUUUUCAAGAUGGCAAGGAAGCACGCAAGGGAAGAUUGGAGAAAAGCUGUAAAAAGUCUUCAAGAGGGUCCAGACGAGUCUCUCGAGUCCAUGAAGAAUCUCAAAUAUCCUAUAGACGACCUAGAAGUGCAAGAUGUCACAAGUUUCACACAUCUACUACUAUUGACCACACCCACUCUUCAAAAACCUGAGCGAGUUGAGAUGUGGUCUAAAGUGAUCUAUUCAAUCUGUACGGUACAAACGAAAGCCUAUCAACGACCUUAUAUAUCGAAAGAUGUUGCGAACAGUUUAACCGAUAAAAUGUUGUAUAUUUUAAGAAAUUGUACCGAUCCAAUAGUCUUAUCUGCCAGGCAGGACAACAAGACUACUUAUCCAAUUGAGCUACUUUAUGCCUUGAGCUCUCUCGUGAAAUACUCUAACAGGACCAGUCCCUUUUGGGAGGAACUGGUGAAUAUUGAGAGUGGCAUAUUGAUCAAGAUUGCCGCUCCUGAUAAAGAAAUUAGAAUUCGAAGGGCGUCGCUUGAUUACAUUGAUUCAAUAUGCCAGCAUGUUAGUUUAUCAGUGGAAUCUAUGGUGAAACUGAUCGAUAAUUUAUUAAAACUGUUUGAUGGCAGUUUGUUAAAAUUGCUUGGUAAGAAGGCAGCUGCUGCACAAGAUGAAGAAUUACAUGCACUUCUUUAUAAGCUUCAAGUGUCCAUUCUCCGUGUCCUCCAUACUAUUCUCCCUCAGUUUGACUCAUUUUCCGUUCACAUCCUUCCGUCGCUCCUGGCGACACUCAAAGUUGCCAUGACAACCGGUCUCCCCGGACACCAGAUCCCAUUGAGGAUGCGCCCGUUAGAACCUCACCCGGACGUAGGAUACGUGGAUGUUGGUUAUCAGGCUGCAAGUGUGGCUGGUCCUAAACAGAGCAAGAUUAGACGAAAGAUUCAUUCUGAUCAUCCUUUUCCUGGCCACGCCUUCAUUAGUAGUGACAGUGGGUCAGGGGAGGGUAGAGGUGAAGAGAGAGGUCAAUGUUUGUCUGGUGCAUCAGAUUCUGAAAUGUCUGAUGGCGAAAUUACCAGCAGUAGCUCUCAAAUUAGGCAGGCUACUGUUAAGAUUAGGCUAAGAGCAUUAAACUGUUUGAGUACAAUAUUUCAGUCUUUGGAGAGACAGCCUACAUUUUCAUACGGGUUCUCAUUCCUACCUCAUGACACGCCUACUUCUAAUUCUCCGCCUUCUAUCCUCACUUGCCUCAAUCAAGAUAAUUCACAUAAAUGUCAAAGUGCUGCAAUCUCUGUCCUUAUGUCGAUAUUAGACAACUCAAAACCUUUUUUGGCAAUGGCUAGUGACCCGUCUUCAGGACCCACCCAUCCCUUCAUAUCGUACUCAAAUAAACUUGGGGGCGUGAUAAGAGAGCUUCAUCGCUCACUCCUUGAGUUUAUUUCAAAGGAGAAGAGAGCAACGUUGUUAACACAGGCAGUUAAAUGUUUGGCUAUAUUAGUUUCUAAUACGUCAUAUCACAAACUCACGACUUCGUACAUAAAAGAUAUAUUGUUAUGUCUUGGAUCUAUCAUUUCAAUAAAUCAAACUGAUGUGUCGAUUGCUUGUCUUACCUGCUAUGGUGCUCUCAUUUCUCUCUCUCUUCCAUUGGAAGACUUGGGAAAGUCCUCGUCGCCUCGUUGUGAGAUGGAGGCAUGGCUUGAAGAAGGCCCUAAGGGUAAGCUUUGGAUUUUGGAUCAUUGUGUUCAGUUAAUUACGCAAAAAGACACAAAGCAGUCGUUAUUGAUGGAAGCUAUUCAAGUCCUCACAGCUCUUGUCAAGUUCUAUUUCCCUCAGAUUAGGCCUAAAUGGAAAGAACUUGCUAAUGUUUACUUUGAUUGUUUGGUCAACAAACCAGAGCCAAUCCAGCUUCAUGCAUUGAAGUUUCUUGAUGAAAUCGGGCGUACAUUAGCAACAAGACAAGACAUGUCUGAUGAGAUUGGUUCUAUUAUGGAGUAUUGGGAAAGACUGUUGUCCAUUCAGUCACCUUCACUCUUACAAUGGCUUCAAGACACUACUUGCCCUCUCUCCUGCUCUCACAGCUGCUCUGUCCUAGCUACAAUAGGCAAUACUCCAAUGAGCCACCUUUCAGAGGAGACAAAGAAUCGCGUGCUACCUUUGCUUCUAAACCUCAGUAAGUACUCUAACCCAUCUAUCAAGUCUAGUGCCAUUAGGACCCUUGGUAUAUUCAGCCAGUAUUCAAGUCAAUGUUUUGAUGCUACUUUCAUACUUGACGUUUGUGAUAGCAUCACUAAUGGACUCAAUUUAAAAGAGGUGGUUGCUGUUCGUAUCCAAGCCAGCUGGUCAAUUGGGAACAUGACAGACUCCUUGAUUCAUGAGGAAGGGCAUAGAGCCAAGAUCCUUUUGUUCUAUGAGACUCUUUCUAAAUCUGUGGUUGUUGCAAUGGGAGACAUUGAGAAGGUGAAGGUAAAUGCUUUUCGUGCUGCUGGUAAUCUCCUUCAUGUCCUCACUGAUGAAAUAUAUUUAAUGUGUGAGCAUAGUGUGAUAAACAUGUGCUCUAGAUUGGCUGCUUCUGUUAAUGUUGGCAUAAUGAAAGGCAGAUGGAAUGCUUGCUAUGCUUGUUAUAAUGCUUUCACUAAUCCUUCCUUUCUAAAGAACUGCUCUCAGCCAAUGCUAGGAAUGAUUGAGUCUCUCUGUUCUGCUGUAGUCACUUGCAAGAAUUUUAAAGUGCGUACAAAUGCUGCUUUGGCUCUUGGUGGUCCUUCUUCUUACCCAUCCUUUGAAGUUUUAGAGAAUAUAUGGGACACUGUAUUGAAAGCUAUUGAAAAUAGCGAGGACCAGCCAAACUUUGCAGAAUACCAGCAGACUAGCUCUUUACGCAUGCAGUUAUGUCAAGUGUUUUGUAAGCUGAUUAAUACAAUGGAGAAUCCAUCAGGUACCAUUAGUAAGUCUCCUCCUUCAGAGAAGGCCCUGGAACUGUUACAAAAGCCAAUUAAAGAGAUUAUUGAAAGCAGUGAUGUGCAUUCUGAAAAAAAGGAGUUGAUAGAUUUGACUGUUAAAAGACUAAAAGAAAGCAAUGACUGCCUACAGCAAGAGGAAAAAGAGUCGCUCAAUCAAGAAGACAUUCUUACAACUCUCAUUUCAUCUUUCAAUAUCUCUACUCAUGACCAUUCUGCACUCUUUGGUGCAAAUCAGUGUGAAAGCAAUAUGUCAUCAUGUUGAACUAUAGUAUAUAUUUUUCUAAUUAGAUGUAUAAGUGCAUGUGUAACUUUAAGGAAAAUUAGUUGUUUAUUUAGUCUACUUACUUGGCAGGCUCUCUGCAUCAAA